GUGGGUGCACCGGCAUCGCUAACCAAGGAGAACAAGGAGAGGCUCUCUUUAAGCAUCGCUUUCUAAUUUCUUAACGCGUAACACGUGAAUGAUCGCACGAAAAGGACGCCGAUCGUUGUUUAUACGCACAGUGACAAUGUCUUCCACGCGUGAUGUUUAACUCACCGAAAAUAUUUGCCAAUUCCUGAGCGCAGCACAAGUUUCAUUGUCAAAUUCGAACUCGCAUUUUGCUCAAUUCAACCUUGGCUUUUGACACUGCUAAUUUCCUGACUAAAACUUGGUCUGAUUUUUGUUUCUAUUCGAUCUCCUUGACAACUUCUUCUCUUUAUAUCUGAACAAGCCAUUUAUAAACUGCAGCGAGAAGAAGUGUCGCUUGAAGGAAAUUUUGGCAAAUUUACUGAUCUAUCUGUGGCUCAGUUAAGAUCAAUUUGAAAAUCUUAAGACGUGCGGCAUCUUCGUGCACAGAAUAUGAGUACUACUGAUUCGGAAAAAUGGCGCAAGGAGCACUCGACUUUGGCGGACCAGCUUUGGUACAUGUAUCAGCACGAUUUGCGAACCGAUUUGACCAUCUUUGUCAAGGACGAGUCAAAAUCAGAUACAUUCAAAUGCCACCAGAUGGUGAUAUCUCGUUUGAGUGCUGCCUUUGACAAACUCAUCCAACACGCAUGCUCGGUCCCAACAGUUCGCCCGUCUAUCAACCUCCGGUUUGAUCCACAGCUCUUUCUAAUCGUUCUCAAAUUCGCCUACACAGACGAAGUACUUCUGCAGUCUGGCAAGGAGGCACUUUCCAUUUACAAACUGUGCAAAUCCUACGAUAUUGAGCAUCUGGCUCUUGCCUGCGAGAAGUACAUCAACUCUGACUUGGAAGCGGACAACAUUUGGCAAGUUUUCGGCUGCCCAAACAUUGGACCAACUCUCACAUCUCAACUUAGAUGGUUCCUCGGCAAAAAUACCUCAGCAUGCCUGCAGUCGAAGCAUUUCCUUUCUUGCAACCAGUCCAGCCUGUUGACCCUGACCGCGAUGCCAACACUGAGCAUUGAUGGCGAGCUGGAGCUGGUGAAGGCGGUGAUCAAGUGGACCAAGCAUCAAAAUGAAGGACGCGCUCUAGACCCGACCGUGUCCAAGUCCCUGCUGGGUCAGGCACUGCAGCACGUGCGCUUCCUUGCGCUCACGGCCACUGAAUUCUCGAGUCACGUUGCCAAAAGCGGUUUGCUCAGCAGCGACGACAGCCUCGCCCUCCUGGUCAACUUGACCUGCCCAGGCCAGAUGGCCGUGCCAAGCGGCCUAUGCGCAAACACAGAGCAGAGGAAGAAGCCGCUCUUAGAUGAGCAGUGCGAGAACGCGGAGAAUGACAGCAACGAGAUUUCUGCUAGUAAUAUUGAAGAAAUUGUGCCAGCCGCGGAGGAAAUUGAGGAAGAGAAGCAAGAAAAACAGGAAAAUGUUGAUCAAAGAAAUAUCCCUAGCUUUCUGUUUGCGACCAGGAAUAUUGCGAAUCGCUCAAAAAUUGGUCCAAAUUGUGAUGCCAAAAUUUCUAAGCCGACUAUCAGUUGCUUUCUGGAACCACCUUUCAAGCCUGAUCCCUCAAAAGAAGUGAACCCUUUGGGAGGAAGAAGAAGCCCUCAUCAGGAAAGCGGGGAUAACAGCGCAGCAAGAGCCAAGGAGAGCGACGAGCCGAACAAUCCAGUGAACGUAGUCCGCAACAUCAUUCCGAUGACCAACAACUUCACUUCCGAGGUGGAGGCACCCAUGGACAUCAACAUCGAGUUCUGCGUGAACCAGCCCGCGCGGCUGAUAAGCGUCAAGCUGAUGAGCCAGAUUAACCGCCAGCACGCCAACAUCACCAGCUACAAGGAGAACAUCUCGGUGACCAUCAAAACGGGCGAGUCCAAGAAGUACCUUAUGUCAGGCUAUCUUUACGAGACGGUCGAGUUCGGGCCAGCGCCGCUCGAGAUCAAGCUAAAGACCCCCUGCAUUUUGCAUGCAAACAAGCACUACCUAAUGCAGGUGAGACUCAGGAGCGCUGGCAAAUACGUCAGCCACUGCAGGAACUGCACCGUCUACGCCCCCCACAAUCUCAACGUACAAUUCACCAGCUGCGACAGCGGCAAAGGACUGCUCCACUCGCUGAUCCUCAUAGCAAACUGAGCAGCUUGAGUCUCCUCUAAAGCUGAGAAAAAUCUGGUUCGUAAUUCCCACACACCAAUAUUUUGAAAUAGUACUCAUUAUUCUACUUGAUCAAUUAAAUAGUUUACAAAAUUAAUUAAUUUAAAUUUACUAUCAAAGACUGACAGAAAAAUUUAAUUAUAUACCAAAUAGAUGAAUUAAUAGUUUGCUUUAGAGGAGAUAUUUUCACUGCUACUUGCAUUUGCAUUUUUCUAGCCUGAAUGUCAAAUGUUCCUCCGCGACAAACAUUCCUGAUGAGGUUUAAGUGCUGCUUAUUACUCUUGCAUUCCUCAUCCCACAAUUAUAUUUAAUCUGAUUAAUUCUAGAAAUAUAUGGGAGCACAAAGUCCUUAAAAGUCAAGCAGCCCCCAUAUUUCCAGGACAAAAUUUUAACCAUUUUGAAAUGAAUCAGUUUCAGUUACCAAUAAAGAUACUUGCAGCUCCUAUUUUGAGCGGUAAACUAAGUAAAAAGUUUUCUUUCCUCGGUCGCAUCGGCCUUUAAAGCGGAACAAAGUCUUCGUCUUUGUUCGCAUUCUGAUGUUCCGCUCGUCGGCUUUGCUGCUUUUUUUAUGGGUCGGCUGGACGUGCAAAGGGCCGGCUGAUUUAUGUGCCUUUUCCCGAUCGACAUGCGAAUGAAAGAGAAGGAAAGGAAGAAAGAAAGGCCUGCACGCACGCAGGACAACAGCAGCGAGAGACUUAAUCUAUCCAUCUGUCUCUUAUUUUGUUUGCAUUCACGACGUCCGGCUCUGCGACGAACAUUAUUUUUCCAUUCCGCCGCUCAAUAUUUCAUGCGCUGCAUAUGAAAUUCCAGAAUAAAUAAAAAUAUUUUCUCUUUGUGCUCGUGUUUCGCCCGAGGAGAGCGAGCAAAUGCAUAUUGCUGCUGCCUCGGUGAACUCGCAACGGACUUUAUUACCCUCUUUGUGCAUUGCAGACGCCGACAUUAUCAUUAUUUUUAUUUGACGCACGUUGAAACGCGUCCAAUAUCGGAUCCUUAAUGAGCCAACCAGAAUAUUUCUUUGUGAGUACCGUAAAAUGUAAUAUUGCUGCAACACGGGAAUGUUCUCCAUCAAGUUUACAUCAGCGCCGUCUUUGAUGAACAUGAAUUUGCAUCUCUCACAAUCAGCUUCAGAAUAAAAUAAUCCAGAAUAGAUAUUUUUAAUGAUGAAUACAGUACCAAAUUGGUUUCAAAGAGUGAGAAAACAACACCAAAGCUACACAUUCUUCCAUGUAAUCCUCAACUACGAUCGAUCUGCUAAUUUAAAGACUGUUUUCUUGUAAGGAAGAACAAAUUGAGUGCCUUGCAAUAGAGCAAAUGUGCCUGUACAAAUAGAGUGUAUUUUCUCUCAGCAAAAAUCGCAACAAAUCCAAAGAAUUCAGCAUGUCAACGGUUUUUCAUUGCAUGUCUGAUGUUACCAUUUUGGAUGAAUAGAACAUAGAACCGCAAUAAAUUUAAUUAUAUUUUCUGAAAUAAAAAUAGUG